CAAGAAAUUAUUCUAGCUCAUUCGAUACACAAACAGGAGCGAAAGCUAGAAUAAACCAUUACUUAACUCUAGAGGAAAUAUAAACCACUAGUGCAAAAGUGCCACUUUCUUUUACAGUGCAAGCAAACACAACUAGCAUUGAUAGCACACCCAAAGACAACUGGCAACAUCCAGAAACAAAGACAACAUCUCCAUAUAAAGAUGACAAAAAGCCAUUAUCCAAAGAUAUUGAAACAACUGUUGAUAAGCUGAAAUUAGGGCAGGUGGACGUUUUGCAUCUUAGUGGUAAACUAGCGUCGAAAGAAGACACAAUGGCAAUCACUGAAGCAUUGAAGAUAAAUAAAACAUUGACGGAGCUGCAUAUACCCGAGAAUAAUAUAUCGGAUCAAGGCGCAAUGGAGAUCGCUGAAGCACUGCAGAUAAAUCAAACAUUGACGGAGCUUUGGAUAGACAAGAAUAAUAUAUCGGAUCAAGGCGCAAUGGCGAUCGCUGAGGCAUUGAAGAGAAAUAAAACGUUGAUGAUACUUGGGAUAGACAAGAAUAAUAUGUCGGAUCAAGGCGCAAUGGAGAUCGCUGAAGCAUUGAAGAUAAAUAAAACAUUGACGAGGUUGUAUAUAUCUGAGAAUAAUAUAUCGAAUCAAGGCGCAAUGGCGAUCGCUGAGGCAUUGAAGAGAAAUAAAACAUUGACGAGGUUGUAUAUAUCUGAGAAUAAUAUAUCGGAUCAAGGCGCAAUGGCGAUCGCUGAGGCAUUGAAGAUAAAUCAAACAUUGACGAAGCUGUAUAUUUCCGAGAAUAAUAUAUCGAAAGACAAGAUACAAUUAAUUAUGCGAGCGUGGAAUAAUAAGUCGUCGAAUCUCUAUUGUUAA